AUGUUGUUGGAGACCGGAGAGAAACACAGUUCGAUGGAAAUGAUUAAAAGACGUCAACGAAAAACGAUUGGACGCACAAUAAGACAUUCGGAUUAUGAAGUAUUAUUUAAUAUAUAUAUAUAUAAUAUCAUUAUAAAAUAUAUGAUCGAGGAGAAGAAGAUGGCAGAACGACCUAGCUACUCAUUCACGAAACAUUUAAAGGAGCAGAUGUUAGCUGUCUCGUAUAAAUAUCUAAAUAAAAUACCUACUUUCGUUUUUAUUUCUAUUCGUCGAUAUUUUUCUAUUUUUUUGUAAGAGCAUCUUAACUGAGACAUUAUAAAUAAUUAACACACCAAAAUAUUUGAAAAAAAAUAUCAUAAAUAUGUUAAUAACAUUUGUAAUAGAUUGCAUUGGUAUACUUUACUUCUUAAGUCUUGUAUAUAUAUAUAUAUAUAUAUUCCUACUUAUUUAUAAACAAAAACUUUUAAAUAUGUUAGCCCAAACCAAUUUUAACCGAGACAAAAGAAAAAAUUACAUUAUUAAAAAAUUGAUAGAUUUGUGCAGAUUAAAAUUUACAGAUAAUACGAGAAUAUAUAUAUUAUGUAACUAAUUCAGAAAAAUGUGAAAUUACGCAAUUAUCGAUAAACACGAUAAAAUUUGAUAACAAUAAUGUACUGAUGAUAUUACAACUGAAUGUGUUUUAAUUUUGUACAUUGUAUCGAUUUGUUAUGUUAGGAAGAAACUACAAAAGUUUCGUAACAUUUCUCGUUAAAAGGAUUUUUCGGAGGGUGGGAAUUUUCUAUAAUAGUUUUAAAAACAUAAUUGAAAAGCUGUGUGAAGCCGUUUUACAGCUGCAGCACAACUACCGGUUUUUAACAAAAUUGAUUUUGGUUUCUCGUUGCACGGCGGCCACCGCCAUGAGACAUAUUCAUCAUAUACCUAACCACUAUAGAGACUUGAUAUUUUUAUAAUUUAUUUUAUUGUUUUAUAUAUUUUAUAGACGUGAAAAAUAAAAUGGACUAUUGUUUUUUUUUUUUACGUCCUUGAUUAGAAUUUUAAAUAACAAAUAUUUGAUUUUUUUUUUAUUUAUGAUUGAUUUUUAAUUUUAACAAAACGAAGAUUUGAGGGGACGUUUCAUCACGACUUGUUACCUACAGCUUUCAACUUCAUUACAAUAUAAGAAAAAAUCUAACGGUAAAUCAGAAGUGUAUUAAUAUAAUAUCUUGUUUUCAAUUUUAUCUUGAACGACUGCACUUAUGUAUAUUGAUGAUAAGAAAUCUUGCCCAUAAAAGCAUAAUAUUUUAGUAGGUCAAAUUAUUUUUAUUUUUAGUUUAUAUUCUUUUAUGUGUAUUACAGCAAUUGAAAUCCGUAGAAAUGUGUUUUUAUGCAUAGUUUUACCCGUUGAUGGAAAAUUGCGUCUUUAAAGUCUUUUUCAUUGCGUUGUACUUUGUAUCUUCGUUUUAUACAAAAACUAAAUUUUUGUUCAUAAGCUUUAAAAGUUUUAAUUCGGUUAAUUAUCCAGACUAUAACCAGUUAAAUAGUUUUUAUUGAUUCAAAUACAAAAGUCUAGCUACAUUUACAGUCAAUCUGAGAUUAGUUACAGCUCUAUUUUAACAAUGGAGAUAGAUAACAAGGAGCACUAAUAAACACGGCCAACGCAGAGUCAAAGUCAAAAAAGUUAUGGGAAGAACCCGUAGCUAAACAACUCAACAUUCCUAACAAUAUUCUUUGUUCAAGCGCCUAUAGGCCUUCAUUUUUCAAUCACAGUGACUUUAUCUGACUCGGCUCAUUGAUCACUCGGUAAUUGAACAAUAAACAUACUCCGUAUAACCCAUUCGUGGCCAUUUCUCAUGGCGUGUCAUCGCACACAUUAUAAUAAAAUUAAUACACUUCAUACUACCCGUAUUAUCUAAAAUUAAAUAUUGUAACUGCAACAAGUAGGUCGGUGGAAAAUUUGACUCGUGACGGAGCUUUGUUGCUCAAUGGUGUUACUUUUUCAACAGACAUAUUUAGAAGUCUUUAAUAUUUACAAUCAAUAUUUAAAUAUUAAUAGUAUUUUUACGAAAAAAAAAAAAAAAAAAACUGUUGUUUUAUGUCUAACCCGAUUAUCAAAAGAAAAGUUUUUUUUAUACAUAGUUUUUAAUAACAAUGAUAAAAAUAUUAUACAAAUUAAAUUUACCUCAUAACGAUGAAAUCACCUCUACAAUAAUUGCACUUGCUAAUUUAAUGAUGUUACUUAAAAGAACUUUGCUCAGAAUGGAUUUUCGUUAGGAAAACUUUACAUUACGUUUCGUUGAAAUAAUAAUAUGAUGAAUUAACUUGUCAAAUUUUCAAACUAUUAUCACUAUUAAGUUAUAAAAAUAUUUAACAUAUAUUUUAAUAGCAUUUUAAUCUUACAUAUAGUAUAUUGUUAUAUACUACAGUUAAAGAGUUAAAGGAUACGUUUUUAACAAAAAACGCUUUGAUAUGUUUGUUUUUUAAAUAUCAACUUUGGCUUUUUUAAAAGUAUUUUUAUACCAGUCUAAUUAAAUACAUGGUUCAUAACAUGACCUAACCUCUUACAUCAACAAUCAUAAUUCAUAACUGAUCUCCCGUACCAAGACAAACAAAAAAUUAGAAAUAUACAUAUAUACAUCACCAAGAUGUAGAAAACAUCUUGUGAUGCAAUACCAAUAACCAAUAAACUUAAAGAAAUAAAAAAAGAACGUAAAAAAAUGGCACACCAUCCCCAAUACCUUUCGACGCAUAAAUGUAAUAAAUGCAAGAAUAAAAAUCGGACAUACCGAUCUCACAAAUAUAUAUUUAAUCGAUAUUGAUACUAAAAUUUCAAAAAUCAAAUAAUUAAUUACUUAUAACGCAGCAUAUUAUAAUUAUUAGAGUAUUUGGUAAUUUAUAAAUAAUAUUACUAUAAUGCAGAAUAGGUGGUUAAUUAUCUAUACAUAAUAGUGUUUUUUUUUUAUGAUUUGUGAGGCAAGAAAUGUAUUAGUUUUAUUAUCAUCGUUUUUUUUUCUGUGUCAAUUUUCAAGUGUAGUGUUUUUUCUGAAAGCAAAUAGAAUGUAAUUGGUGCAUUGACAAAGUCAUUAUUUGUAGUUUUCUUAAUAAUUGCGCAACAUUGGGAUAAAAGUAUAGGAAAACCUGAAAAAUGAAUAGCGAUAAAGGUUUCAUUAUUUUUGAUUUGGUUUUAAUUUGGAUAAAAAUAAUUUUAGUGACCUAAAAUAAUUAGACGUUCGAAUUAUUUAUAGACGUAAUAAUAAUUUCAAAACAUUCUGAAGAUUUUUUGAACAGCUAUUUGAACUAUUUAAGCGUUUGGAUUUUUUUAUUUUUAUUUUAAUGUUAUUUGGAUAAGAUUGCUUGAACAUUAAACAAAUUUUAUUAUAAAUUGUAUUUAGUAAUAACAAAAAAAAAAAAAUGAGCUUAAUCUUGUAGUUUAUGUUUUUAACGUUCAAAUUUUGAUGGUUAUCAUAAAAAUCACAGCAUUUAAAAAUAUGUUUGAAUUAAUCUCACUCAGAAUUAUAUUUCGUUUUUUUUUUUUUUCUACUAAUCAUCGAAGAUUGAAUAUUUGUAUCUUGAUUGAUAUGCAUGAGAGUUGUGCGGGAAUAUCAAAUUUAUUUAAAAGGUCGCGGUUAGUUCGUCAAGAAUAAUUUAUUUAUGACUCCAUCGCGUGGACCACUAGUGGCACGGUGCAAGUCCAUCAUGUUUUGUGUUUUCUCGUUUUAACGAUUGAUUAAUCGUUGGGCACGUCGAAUACGCCAAAGGCUAAAGAAGGGAUGGAUGGGCGGGAAGGUGAGAUUGGGAAUAGGGGGUUAGGGGUAGACACGAGGGUUGAUGUUGCAAUUAUUUGUUUUUCGCCGCCACCGAUCGUAUACAUAAUAUACAAAGUACGUUGCUCGCACACGCGUGACCUACAUUUCGAAAAACCUCAACUUACUAUAGUCAGGUACCGUGAAAGCCAACAAAAAAUGCUGUUGACAUAAUAAUUCACGAGACCGUCAAUAAUUAUUUACUAGGUGACUUUUAAAAUAUUAUUAUUAUUAAAUAUUAUUAUUACAAACAAUGCGCGGAGCAUUUUUGUUUGUAUGUUAUAAUGUUUCUAUUAUAUUCAACACGGAACAAUUAAAAAGUAUAAAUAAAGAAUACUAUAUUUAAAUACGACUCUUAUAUGUUUAAUAAAGUAUAAAUAAAAUGUAACAAAUAAUUCUAAUUGUGUCCAAAUAUAUUAUACGCAAGUAAAUUAUUUCUAAAAUCACUGUGUUAGCUAUUUUGCUUCUGGGGUGGAUUUAUCACAAAUCAUUCUUAAAAAUACUUACGGUACAUAAUGUACUAAUCGUAAAUAUUUCAAGUUUUUAUCGCCGGCGAUUUAGGUUGAGCUUUGAUUCUCAGUCAGUCAAUCAGGAAAAUUUAGCUCUUGUAAUAAUAUAUAUAGGGAUUAAAUAUGGUAUUGUGUUAUAAAUUAAUAAUUUUAGAUUCAGAAUAUAGUGAGGGAUCUAUUAGUUUAUUUAGGUACAAUGUAUUGUUUUUUUUUUUUACAUAUUUGCGAGCAACUUUCCGAUUAAAAAUAACUUUCUUCUUUCAAAAUAUGAUUCAAGAACUUUUUUUAUUGCAUUUUGGAUUUAGCUGGUGAAUUGAAGAGUAAUUAUUUUUGUUUUCCAAGAAGUUUUUAUAAUAAUUGGGAAAAACCAAAACCAAAAAAAAAAAAAAAAAGUAGAAAUAACAAGAAAGUUUACGGAAAUAAUGGUUAAAUCAUUUUCAAUUUUGUUUUUUUUGUUAUAAUUCAGUUAUAAAUAUUCAUCAAGUUUUACAUUUUUUGUAGACAACUUAUAAUUGCCUUUUCUUCACGCGGUACAAUUUUCAAAACAUUUUACUGAUUUUUGAACUAUUAAUAUACAUUUUAUGUUUGCUAUUUAAUUUUUUUUCUGAUAGGUGCUAUGUGGAUAUAAUUUCUUGACUGAAUAAAAAUGGUUGAUAAUUUAAUAGGAAGUUAAUUAUAAGUUAUACUUAGUGGUAAAAAAAUUGAAAUUGUAAUUCUUUGAUAUUUCUGUAACUAUAAUAUUUUAUUCCACCUGUAAAACAAUCAAUUGGUAUCACUGACUUCUUGACCUUAUCAUGUCAUACGGUACGUGUCAUUUUGGCGUUAUCAUAGUAAUCUAGAAAUGCGGUACCGUAUACUAUUGUUCUAGUUCGUUUGUUGUAUCAGUUUGUUGAGUUAAUGUUUUAUAGCAAAUAAGAAAUUCUAAAGUUUUUGAAUUCAACAUAUAUUAUUUAUUUGCAAUUGACCAAUUCGGUUUUCUAGUUCGAUUAUUAUAGUGAGAAUGGCUAAUUUAUAAUGAUGUAAUUGAUUUUCUAAGAUUUUGAAGAGCAAUUUUAUUAUUGAGUUGUAAAUUAUUCGCAUAUAUUUAUGGAAAUGGUUUCAACUAUUCUUGUUUUUAGUUUGGAUAAUUGGAAGAUACGUCUCCAAAUUUGGUUUGUUUUAUGUAUAGGCAGCUUAUUAUUCUUUACUCAAUUCAAAAUCGCUGAUAUACAAUGGCAUAGAAAGUAAUAUGUUAGGUCUACUGCAAGUAAAUAUUAAGGGUUUAUACCAUGGUACGUACUGGGGUUCAUACUAAUAGGUUUGUACCCCAUAUUGUGAUUCCUGGAAGGAAUAUUUUCUCGCUCGCGGUUAAUGUAUUGGAAAUAGUUCACUUAUGGAAAGUAUUCUGUAGAAUUUCAAUGGCUUAGCCGAAAUUUCUAAAUAGGGGGGGGGGGGGGAAAAAAUCCAAAAUUAAAUAUUUGUCUGUUAACUUUGACCUCCCUAAAGUGUCUCCCCAGUCCGAUUUCCUUUCAGAAAAGGUGCUACGCUUAAAAAUCCGAGCAAAAUUUCUGGUAGAAAAUACUUAUCCACAGAAAAAAAAAAAAAUAACAUCUUUGUAAAACCAUAAGCUUCUUCGCUUCAUUCAGAAUCUAAAAUACAGUCAAUAGGUGAAGGGUGUUGGAUUCCAUUCCCCCUUCGCUAUGCUAUUGGUUAUACAGAACUCAACAAUAUACAACAAAAUUCGUAUAGAACAUUAUUAUAUUAUGUAAUAUAGUGAUUUGAAGCGAACUAUUGCAGAGUUCGGGUACAUAAAUAUUUGCUCUUCUCUGCCACGUCGAUUUACACCUCAACACUAGGCAAUUCUAUAUGGUAUACAAUAGUUUACAAUAUAUUGAAUGGUAUAAACCGACAUGCAAACCUAUGCAUUUCGCACAAUACCAAUACAUCUAUUUCAAAACUUCCGGAAAUUUUAUAUAAUAAAUUCUGUUUGUGUAUAACAGGUAAAUGUAAUACGCGCGUAUACAAAACCAUUCAAAGGUUCGCGCAACAAUAAUUUUUAAGCAUACACUCAUUAUAUUUAGGUAUACUUAUAACGAAGAGAGAGGUAAACAAUUUUAUGUUGGAUGUACCAUCGAGAAACUUUAGUUUUACAAAUAUGUGUAAUUUAGUCUAUUAGUAUAUUAAUUAAACGGAAGUGUUUGGCUGUCUGUCUAAGCGUGAUUUACAACCGAUUCUACCGAAAGCAGAGGGCUGAAAAUGUCCAUAAUGAAACAGACGAACAAGUCCGUGUGCAAUGUACACGUCUCGAUUUCUACACUAAGGGGUUUUUUUGUUUUUUAGUAUGUAAAAGAUAACUAAUUAAUUAUUUCUUCGUUAACAUUAAUAACAUGAAUUAAAUAAUAUCAAUAAACUCUUCUCGUACCCCCGUUACCAUUAGGUAAUUGAGUUUUCACUAGUAAGAAAAUACGACAAUAGUUUAGUGUGAUAUAAGAGGGAGAUAGAAUUCCCUAGAAUAGGGAAUUCGUCGUGAUGCAUAUAUAUUAUUGAUUUCGGCUUUUGAGUGGAUUUUUAAAUUCGCUUUUAUAAAUUGGUUAAAUUGGCACGACCAACGUCGGACGCUUGUAAAAAUUUAUACAUUUAAACAAAAAACCGCAUUCUCCGUAAUUUACUAUUUUUAGAAUUUCGAAAACUUCAAUGCAAAAAUAGACAUUUCUAACAGCGAUAAUCAGCCGUUACGAUAUAAUGCAUGUUUAUGUCAUAUAACUUCUAUUUCUACGUAAACAAAUAUUCGAAUAAAUUAACGCACAUUAAUGUAACUAAAUCUAACAAAACAAAACUAUGAAUACGAAAAUACGAAACCGACAUAAUACUUCUCUGUACGCGCGAGAGACUAGUUUACCGAUUAGUUUUCGUUUUCCCGCUAAGGAAUAAAGUAAAGCUUUCAUUCUAUAACAACCAAAAUACCAACUGCUCUGCUGUAACAUAAACAUGAGUUUAGAGUUUAAUUGAUAUUUUACUCGAAUUUCUUGUCAGUAAACUUUGUAAUUUUCCUACAAAAAUAUUUGAAAAUAUAUUUUAUCCAUACGGUUGUAUUUUAAUUUGUUUUCUUUAGUUGGACUCAGAUGGAGAAUACAGUAAAUCUAAUAUCUUCAAGGUGAUAAAGUACUACUAUUCCGAAACGUCAGAUGAUACAAUUGAAAAAGUAAACGACGUGUGUUACAACGAAAGUAAGGCAUCCCAUUUUCUAUUUUUUUCGCAUAAAUCCCAAUUCUCAAUUAUUCAUAAUUUUGUAUGAUUAAUGAAUUACCACAAAAAAAAGCAAUCGGUACUAUAAGAAUAUUUUAACUGGGAACACCACGUUAGCAUUACUUCUCCUCGGCCAACACUCAUAAUGUUGAUAUCACGAUAAUAUAAACGGUUGUGCGACGACAAAAAAUAUUUGAUGUAAAAUGUUCUAAUCGAAAACCUCUGAGACUGUAUUUUCUUAAUCUAUGGUUUUGGGUAAUACCAUGCCGUAGUAUGAAUUUAAUAAUAUUGAGUUUAAUAAAUGAUUAAUAAAAAUAGAUAGAAAACAAAAAAAAAAAAAAAUAUUGCACAAGUUGAAAAAUGUUCAAUAAUAUAAGUUUAUAUGUUUAUGUAUAUACGAAUUUUGAUAUCUUUUAGAUUUCGAGAGUAGCGAUGGUUUUACCAUUUCAUUUUUUCUUUUUUCUAUGUUCUAGUCUGUGGACACGUUUUUUCUCAGUAAACUUGGUUCGAUUUUUAUGUGUAGCAACGUUUCUGUAUGCUCAAGUUGUCUAAAUUGUUCAUUACACAAGUCAUUUUUUUGAUUUUCGAUGAAAUAUUUUUUUGAAAAAAAAAGCACUAAGUGGGAAAAAACUUAGGAAAACGUACAAUUUCACGAUUUCAUUAUUUCAUAAAAACACGGAUGACGUUUUCUACCAGAAAAAUUAAAUUAAUCGCAAAAUCACAAAAUAUCUUUUUUGUUGUCUAUUUGAUUUACUUUCUAAUUAUCAUUUCCAAAAAUUUUAAGCUUUUAAGGAAUUUUAAUUAUUGAGAGUUCUUUUGCUGUAAUUCGGUUAGAAACAUACGUAGAGAAUUGAAACUUGGUAAUAAUAAUUAUAUUGGAUUUACCUAGACCAGGUAAAAUUUCCAAAAUCAUCGAACGACUUUUUUUUUUUUUUUAUAUGCGUUUUGAAAUCAAACAUAAAUGAAAAUCUUAAAAAUUAUUUAUAACUGAACUGCGCUCUGAAUCGCCUUUCGUCAAGCAAUGGUUUAUCGUUGCUUACAGAUAUAAAUGAAAUAACCUUGUGUAUACUACCCUUCUUACUUCUCACCUACAACAGUAGCCGCUCCCAUCUCCAGCAUCAGCAGUUUUAUUCUUUCACUUCUGUGCAUUUUUAACAGUUGAAAUAAUACGCGCAGUCUAGGUCUAUACCUACCGUUGUAAUAUGUAAUUCCACAGUAGUUCGUCUGAAAUAAACUGGGAGUGCUAACGGUAAAAAGAUUUUUAAUUAGAACAUUUGGAACCGUUAUUCUCUGCAGCAUAACAUAAGCCGACGUAAAUCUAUUUCUAUAGCCGUGAUAAAAACGGGAAGUGAUUAUUAAAUUUUAAAAUAAAAACGAGUAUUAAAUGAUAUCAAUGAUAAUUUGGAAAUUAAAUUUAUUCAAAGAUAAGAAUAAUUAUUCUAAUAAAUUGCAUUCAAGUAUUAGAUUAUCCAUCUUAUAAGUAUUAUGAUUUAGCGAUACUCUAAUACUUUCAAAUCUAGAUUUGAACAAAAUAUAUUCAUAAAAUGUGUAACGUGCAUAAUCAUAAUUUUUAUUCAAUUUUCUAAUGGAUUUUUCAAUAGUUAAAUUUCCCAUAAUUUUUGUUGGCAGCUUUAAAAAACACACCACCUUCUGAAUGGGGGACCAACGAAUAUCACUACAAAAUAUGGAAGUGUUUGAAUACUCAGUUUAAAGAGGUGAGUGGUUCAUCUUCUAAUAAAAUACGACUGAUAAAUUAUUUUUUUUAUUUUUUUCAGAAUGGUAUGUUGCCAACUUAGUUUUAUUAUAACGUUUUUUAGAUGAACGGGUGGUAUCAAAAAAAAAAAAUAAUAAUAAUAAUAAAAUCGAAGUUUAUCAAUUUUACUACUGGAUUGCUGUAAAGUUUUAAUUAUUGACUAUUAUAAUAAAUUAGUAUUAACAUGCUUUAAUCCGAUUAACUACUACGCCUGUUAUUAUGAUAUUAUUAAACCAUACAAACUAAUAAUGUUUUAUGAUAAUAUCAUAUUUUAUUAAUUUAUUUUAAUGUUAAAUAAAAUACUGAUUUGUGCGUGGCAUUAUUACAUAAUAUAUCCUAUAUAAAAUAAUGAAUUUUGAUUUUUUGACUUUCAACAAUUUUUCCUCGGAAUUGAAAAUAUCGUUACUCUAAUUUAUAGUUAAAUAUAUAAGAUAUUUGGGUACAAGGAAAAAAGAGCUUUAGUACAUUUUUGGAAUUUUAACAAAUAUAUGUUUUUGGGUUAGGAGUCUGUCGAAAAUUAUUGACAUACUUUCAUUGCAAUGCGAAAAAGUAUAGCUGUAUUUUCUUUAGUAACAAUAACUACAUUAUUAAACAUAACACAAAUUAUAUAUCAUUCUGUGUUUUUCUGUGUAGCCGAAAAAUUGAACAUUAUUCAACAUUAUCAAUUGAACAAAGUAACUUAUAAUUUCUACAUAACAAGUAACGAAAAUUAUUUAUUUAUUUUACCUUAACGGAAAAGCUCAAAAACAAAUAAAUAAGAAAUACAUUUAUUAAAUUUAUAAGAAAGAAAUGUUCGGGUUGGCGUCACGUAUGAGGCGGAGAAUAGAAGAGUUAAAAGAGUAAUUAUUAGACGACAGUGGGAUAAAGAAAGGCAGGGAAGAACGGGUAUGACAGAGAGGAAUCGUUUAAAGAAAACUGUUAUAAUAAUUAAGGUGAAUCAAUUUUACCGGAAAUAAGUUUAGAGGGAAAAAGGCCGUUAAAAAAGUGCCUGCGGUUAGAUAGGUUAGUCAGGUGUCAUUCUAGGAGGAUGAAGGAAUAAUCGUGAGGAGGAUGAAGAAUAUUGAAACUGGAAGUGACUAAAGUGAGAAACGUACGUUGGAUACGCUCAAUUAUCCUACUGUCACACAGGAUGAAAGGGUCACAAAGUACGGAUUUGUAUUCCAGGAUAGAACAUACGGGGAGCAAAAGAGAGAUUUGAAAGAAACAAGGAAACGGAAUUGUUGAGGCUUUACAGCAAGAAGUUUCAAUGUGUUUGAGGUGAAAAGAGUGAGAAAUAAAUACUUUCCAAGAUAAACUAAUCUGUAAUGAUUAAUGGUAGACCAAAAAAAAAUAAAAUUUUAAAUAAUUUUCCAGGAAUUUGUUUAGGGACGACAGAUGUUAAAAAUUCCCUUCCACGUGAACACUGUUUUAAUCGGGCCAAACAUUUUUACUGCUUUACGUCUCCUAGCAUACUAUAUUAUUAUAAUGCAAGAGCGCGCUUUUUCUCCGUGGUACAGGUGCAUUCUCUAUUCUAAUCAAAUUUUGGAUUAACAUAAUAAACAACAUUGCGUAUUAUAGCUGUGCGUGUAACCUGGCUCUACCGUUCGUAUACAUUUAAAAAACGGCUCAAUCGCAUACACGCGGUAUUAAAAUAUUCUCGUGGGCAUAUACAUAUUGAAAUCCACUCCUAUACAAUACGCGUUGGCUAAUCGAUCCUGUUAUUUGAUAUAAUAAUAACAAUAAUACAUUUUGCCGAAUCAGUUCGGCCGUGACUACGAACAAACGUUUCUUUUUCGUUUAUCACGAUCUAGUGAUUAUAUAAUUUAUACAAAUAUUAUAUUACACACACAAAGUUUUUUUUUUUUUCAGUCAUUUAAAAAUUGUAUUCACAAUAUUUUCUGAAUAUAACCCGUAACCCGUGCAUCAUACACAACUAUUGACUUUUGAUUUUCAAAUACAUCCCCUUUUUCAACACAGAUACCGGAGAGAAGUUUACUGAGUAUGUUUCAUAGAGUUAUCGUCUAAAAACGAUGGGCAUUAAAUAUAUUAUGCUCUUUUUAUGGAGUAAUACAUUUUAAUCUAGGAUAUUUACGAAACGAAAUUAAACCGUUCAGUACAAUUCUGAUUUAAGGACCGACAAAUAGAAAAAAAAAAACACCUCAAAUUGACACUUUAUUCAAAAUCUUUGGAACGGUAGGGGACAAAAUAAUCACUCUGUAUUAUUUUUUUCGUAACCCAAUUACAAUAUUAUUUUAAAUUAUUUUCGUAAAUAGUUAUUUUCACGGUCGGCGUUUUCGACCUUUUGAUGAUUUCAUUAAUUACUUAAAGGUAUAAUUACAAUAUAAUUUCAUCAAGUUCGAUUAAUAUUAUUAAUUUCAGUUUUUAAUUAUUACCUCUACAUUCUCGGUUUAUUAAUUACUAUAAUAUAGUGUUUACAUAAAUUACUCUUCAUAUUAUUAUAUUACGUAACGAAAUCGAGUGCGUAACAUUUUAUCGGUUCGGCUUAUAUAUUUACCUAACUAAAAUAAUAUUUUGUAUCGAACAUUAGCCUACUCAUGCGCUGGAAACGUUAUCGAAACGAAACACUUAAAGGUAUUACACGAACCAUUUAAAUCUUUACCGUAGGCGGUACUAGACCUUUUUGGCAGGGAUAGGAGCAAAAAAUAUUUUAAGUAAAUUGUUAACACUAUUUUGCUCAAAUUUUUUUUUUUAAACUGAAAUUUAUAUAUUUUGUUAGUUCUAAGAAUAUAAAUUAUUAAAAAUAAUUAUAGGAAUUUUAAAAGUUUAUAAUUACGUCAUAUAUAUUACCGUACACAUUAUUCAGGUAUAUAUUAUUAUUAUAGAUAUUUUACAUGAUUUCAAAGGUGAAAGAUUCACCUUAAUCUUAAUGUUUUGAAGCAGAGUUUCCCAUCCAUAGACCACCGGUAGUCCGUGAGACGUGAAAUGUUUCGCGAGAAUAUAACUACAUAUAUUUUUUUUAUAGAAUAAACGUGAAGCGAUAAUGAUUGUCACAGUUUAUUACGGCGUUUAUUGUACAUAACUUCACUUAUGAUUUUAUUACUUAACUACUCAUUAAAUAAAAUAAAUAAAUAUCAAUAAAUAAAAGAUACUGACAUACAUUCGCACUAUGAGUGAGCCACUAUUGUAGAUGAGAUAUUGAGGAGGUAGACUAUACCACCUAUGAACUUAAAAUAAUAUUAUUAUCCCCUGUUCAACACUGAGUAUUCUAUUUAAUUCUUAAGAGGACGUUAUAACUAUAUCUACUGUCUCAGUCCAACUAGCGGGUAACAUACAAAAACAAUGCUUAAGCAGAAUAAGUAAAACUAGCUUAAUUUUGAUUUUAGAGUAAAAUUAUAGAUUACAAAAUUUAUAAAAAACAAUAUUUUGAAGGUAACUUCACAGGGGUUUUUUGAACUAAGAAUUUUUUUAAAAAUUUACAGUUAUUUAAAAAGCAAAAAAAAAAAAAAAGGAUUUUAUAUCUUUUAAAUCGAGCUGUAAUUAUCACUUUUUGAGAAUCAUUUUAAUUUGCUUACCUCCUGAAAUUUCACCUAUGGGCACCCAUACUUCAUUAUGCCUCAAUUUUAUUUAACCUUCCCGGAGGGGCAGAUAUAUUAAAGACGCCAGACAAGGAUCAGCUAUUCAGCAAGGGUUGUGCAGCUUGGUGUAACUCGACGUCAAGAAUACUUUCAACAUGGCCUCUGGGACCGUAUGGAUGCGGCUCUAUGUAACGAGAUAGUACCAAAUUACCUUGCCCGCAUCCUAUGGUCCUACACAGAGAACCGUAUCCUCACCAUCUGGCUUCAUUUCUGUUUGGUCAGUUAUGAGCUUUGUUCCCCAGGGCUUUAUCCUUGCCCAACCCUGUAGAAUGUAUUCUACGAUGAUCCUUUGGUAAAGUCCCAAAGGGCGUUUAAUUAAUCGGUUUAAUGCCUGUACUUAUUUGUAUCCGGAGGACAUAAUUUAAAAGUCGAAUCUAAAGAAGCAAAUUUGUAUAAUAAAUCAACUUUUUUUGUAAUUUAUAAUGAUAAAAUUAAUAAAUUAAUACUCUUCAUUUUUGUAUUUUUUGGACAAAAAAGUGGACAAAAUUACCUCUGCUCCUGCGCACGCUACUACAUACACACGUAUAUUUUGUUGCAGGGAUUAUAUACUGCGGAACAAGUUGAUGACUACGCAAAACUGUGCAAUGCCAGUGAAGGUAAGUAAUGUUAUUUUCUAAUAAGAAUUUUGCUCAUAGGCGGCAGUUUAGAGUAAUGAAGCACUGUUUAUAAUACCUACUUAUAACCACUAUAUUAUUUUCCAAUAUGUUUUUAUCAAAUUCCGAAGAAAUUUUAAAAACUUUCAAAUUCUUAUUUAGAGGAUCUAUAGCUAAGCACAUUGUAUUUUGAACGCACAUUAGAAUUAAUCGAUAUAUUAUUUUUCGUAUUUAGAGGAAAGUGACGUAUUCAAAAAUUACAACGUACUAUCAACAGAAUCUGGAAAGGUAAUUUUAACAAAAUUUGAUACCAAAGUUUAUUUUAAACUUUUGAUCAUAGCAUAUUAUUAAAUAGAAUAAACUAUUGAACUAAGUUUUCUGUUCAAAAAAUUGUUUACAGACAAAAAAAGAUACAAGUAAAUAAUAGUAAUACCAAUAAAUCCCUUAAUCCGCUCCAAAUCAAAAAAGUUAUAUCAAAAUAGUAAUUAAUUUAUACCUACCUACAACUAGUCUGUAUAUUAUAUAUAGCAUAUAAAGGGAAAUCAUUAACUAUACAACUAUUUUGCUUAUAAAUGUGGCUUAGGUUUUUUUUACAAAAUAUUUCCAAAUUCUUCGUAACCUAUAUUUUUUUAUAUACUUGUUUUAGUCGUUUCUCGAAGGAUAUAAAUAAUUAUACUAACCUUAAAACUUUGCUGUAUCUAUCUAUGUUGUUUUCACCAAACGAAAAUUAUUUUUAAGUUCACACAUAUGAAAGAACCUAAUUAAAAAUAUUUUUUUCUAGAUUUUCAUUAAAUACAAAGCCGAUGAUCUCGGAAUGGUCAUUUUUUCUACAAACAAAAUUUAAAAAACAAAAUUUUAUCCAUAGGAGUAUAUUUUUAUUUGUUUUCUUUAGUUAGACUCUGAUGGCAAAUACACUAGAUAUAAUAUUUCCGAGAUGGCAAAAAAGUUCUUUCCCGAAACAGCAUUGGAUACAAUCGAAAUAGUAAACGACAUAUGUUACAACGAAAAUAAGACAUCCUUUUCUUUCCCGCAUAAGUCCUAA